CCAAGAUGCCGAUAACCAUCUGCCAAAUCUUACAGUGCAUGAGAGUGAGUCCAAAUCAGCACGAUUCAUAUAAGAGCUUUCUCUAUCUCUCAAAUGAGUGAGGCAUGAAUGCCCCGAAGGUUCCUUCUUUCCCUCCUGCUCUCUCUCUCUCUCUAAGAUGAGUGAGGCAUGAAAGCCCUUGCACAUUCCUUCUCACCAUUUCUACCCCAGUAUUCACAAGUCCUGAAACCCUGUUUGAUCUCUCUACUUUCGCAGCAAAGCCAUGGCCUCUAUCAAAAGCCCCACUUUUCUUCUACUGACCACUCGCCCAAGCAUCGCCCAACGGUUCGAACUCCCUGCAAAUUCAGGUACUUUUCCACCUCUCUUCCCGCUCGAGAAUGGAUAGAACCGUAUGUGGACAUCUCUGAUUUAGUGGAAAACCCUAAAAAUUUCAAGCCUUCGCCUUGGAUUGAAAAGGUAAUCGAGCUUUUAGAUGGAUCACCAGACUUGGAAUCGCGUCUUGAUGAUUUUUGCCGCAAGUUUUUGAUCAAAUUGUCACCAACAUUUGUUGAUCACAUCCUGAAAACCCUAGAAAACCAGAGCUCCCGAAAAGGCCUAGAAAUUCAGAAAUCCCCCAACACUUUAGAAAUUCGGAAAUCCCCAGAAAUUGCAAUUCGUUUUUUCAAAUGGGCUGGAAGGCAAAGGAAGUUUAUUCAUAAUAUCGAGUCUUUUGUCUCGCUGAUCAAUUUCUUGGCAUCUUCUGGGGAGUUCAAUGACAUUCAUUCAAUAGCCCAAGAGUUCAAAGUACAAAAUGGGGUAAAGCUCUCUGCUUUUGCUUCCAAUUCCCUGAUCAAGAGCUUUGGGAUUGCUGGAAUGGUUGAGGAUUUGUUAUGGGUAUGGAAAAAAAUGAAGGAAAACAAAAUUGAACCCAGCUUGUUUACUUAUAACUGUUUAAUGGAUGGUUUGGUGAAUGCUAGUUAUAUUGAAUCUGCAAUUCAAGUUUUUGAGGUUAUGGACAGUGGGAAAAAGGCCCCAGAUACUGUAACUUACAAUAUACUGAUUAAGGGUUUAUGCAAAGAUGGAAAAACCCAGAAAGCCUUGGAGAAAUUCAAGCAAAUGGGGAUUAGGAACAUCAUCCCUGAUAAAAUUACUUAUCUAACACUAAUUCAGGCUCUAUAUCCAGAGGGGAACUUUGAUGCUUGUUUGGGUCUUUACCAUGAGAUGGAGGAAAAGAGUGUAGAGAUACCUCCCCAUGCAUAUAGCUUAGUCAUUAGCGGGCUCUCUAGAGAAGGAAAACCCUUUGAAGCAUUUAGGGUUUUUGAGGGCAUGGCUCAGAAGGGGAUCAAACCAAAUGUGGCAAUUUAUACUGCUUUGAUGGAUGGGUUUGGGAAAAUUGGGGAUGAGAGUAAAGCGACAGAGCUUUUCAAUAAAAUGAAGGCUGAGGGGCUAGAGCCUGAUGAGGUCACUCACAGUGUUAUGAUUAGCACUUUGUGCAAGGCUGGGAAGGUGGAGCAGGCUACAGAACAUUUCGUUAUGUGUAGAGAGAUGGGUUUGGCUCUGAACUCUAUAUCCUACUCUUCGCUUAUCAACGGGCUUGGAAAAGCCAGUAAAUUAAUGGAGGCCGAGAAGCUCUUUGAAGAGAUGGUGGACACUGGGUGUAUUCGCGAUUCUUAUUGCUACAACUCACUCAUGGAUGCCUAUGGAAAAGCGGGCUUGGUUGAUAAGGCCUUGGACCUCUUUAAGGAGAUGCAAUCUGAGGGUUGUGCACCAACUGUCUAUACAUACACCAUAUUGAUUAAUGGGUUGUUUAGGGAGCAUAAAAAUGAGGAGGCCUUGAAAAUUUGGGAUAUGAUGAUUGAUAAGGGGGUCACACCCACCCCGGCUGCUGUCAGAGCCCUUUCAACUGGACUCUGUCUCUCUGGAAAGGUGGGGAGGGCUUGUAGAAUAAUGGAUGAUUUGGCUCCUAAGGGGGUUCUUCCUGAUACAGCUUAUGUUGAUAUGAUCAAUGUAUUGUGUAAGGCUGGCCGUGUAGAGGAGGCAUGCAAGUUGGCUGAUGGGGUUGUGGAUAGAGGGCGUGAGAUUCCGGGGAGAGUGAGAACUGUGCUCAUCAAUGCAUUGAGGAAGGCUGGUAACGCCAUGUUGGCCAUUAAAUUGUUGCACAGUAAGAUUGGCAUUGGAUAUGAUCGGUGGGGCAGCGUUAAGAAGCGAGUCAAGUUCAGGGUUCUUCUUGAUGGGUGAGACUGUUAAUUAGAUUGUUGGGAGGUUCAAGACGAUGGCUCAAUUAGAUGGUGAUCAUUGUUGCAAAAGGUUGUGGGUUCCGAACCUGGCCUAUGUAACAAUGAGCGAUGAUGACAUUGUUGACAGUCUGGUUAGUGAUUUUGUGGCAGGCUCAUCAGAUUAAGAAAAAGGAGGACCAAGUGAGGAAUCUUGAGUAAAUUGAUCAGCUGUAAAUAUCUCAUUCUUGGGGCAACACAAAUAGGAAAAGCAAAAAGGAACUUGAGAAUUGCUUGUGGACUAGUGCUGAUUGGAAUACCUAUCUUGAUUGUUGUGAUCGACACUUGAGAUAUCAUUGAUGGAACAGUGGCGACAGCAACUUGAAGGAUACAAAAUGCAUACAAAGUCUUGGCAGCAGAAUCUGGGGAGCUUAUACCACGCACUGAAUAGAAGUAGAUACAAAUUGGAAUAGACUUUCUUGGAUUUUAUUUGGUCUCUUUCACCUCUUCUUCUUCUGUGUUCUCCAGAUGGUGGGGAUUUCGCAUCGCACCAACUCUAAUAUAGUUGCUGUGAUUUGCAACGGCUUUAUUAGAACCGGUGUAGUGUCUGGGCAUUGAUGAGCCAAGCAUGGGCUCCUGCCUGAGUCUAUGGGACAUGAGCUUAUUGGGUCAAUCUAAGAAAAAUGACUUAGGAAUCUAUAUCUAGCGGUUUGGUGAUGGAAGAGCGGUAAGAGCUUGAGGACGGUCAGAUUGUAGAUCGGAAUGGUGGUCCCAGCGAUGUUUGUCCCUUCUUACCCAUUGAUUCUUCAAUGGUUUCGGGGAUGCAUGCCAAGCAGAAGAAUGUGGUGGUGGGUUCCUUCUCACCACCUUCAAAUGAUACUUUUGGAUCGGGUUACUGGGCUAAAUGUGAUUGGGGUUAGUCUUAUACUCCAGAAGUUAAAGUGCUAGGUGAUUUCAAGGUUGCUUUCUUUCUUAGAGAGGAAGCGGAGGUUCAUUGUGCUUUGCGUAAUAGAUUCCCAAGAGUUAGAGGUUAACUUCUUUUCUUGGACCUCUCGUCUCUUAAGGUUCAUGAUUCCUUUGCUCAAAGGGGCGUUUUGUUGUCAUGCUUGGAACUUGAAGAUUAUUCAAAGGAUUGCCAAUUGUUGUGGCGAUUAUUGUGAUUUGGAUUGGGAUUCUUUUCUGGGCAUGGAUCAAACUUCCAUUAGAGUUAAACCUAGAUCGAACUUCCAUUAGAAUUAAAAUUUGGAGGCUCUCCAAUGUGGUUGUUCGCAAUAAUAUUUGGUGCUUUUGGGGGGCUUUGGAUAUCGUGGGACCCCCAUAUUUUAUAUAGUUUUUACUUUGUUGUAGGGACAUGUUUCUUUUUGUGGGGUUUCAUGAUCCUACUUCAGGAUUUUCGUGGGGUUUGGUGAA